UCCAACCAGAGCUGGGGAUGAACUGCAACUGAGGUUUACCAUGAGCUUUAACAGACAUAAUCUGAAAUACUAUGUGUUACCAAAAAAGCCUAAAAAGGUGGCAUUUGAUUGCUUAGAAUGGAUCAGAAAGCAUCACCCACGUGAUUCAGGGAUAAUUUACUGCCUCUCCAGGCGAGAAUGUGACACAAUGGCCAACACCUUACAGAAGGAUGGUCUCCGUGCUCUGGCCUAUCACGCUGGCCUCAGUGAUUCUGCCAGAGACGAAGUACAGCACAAGUGGAUCAACCAGGAUGGCUGCCAGGUUAUCUGUGCGACAAUUGCAUUUGGAAUGGGGAUUGACAAACCCGAUGUACGAUUUGUGAUCCAUGCAUCUCUCCCUAAAUCCAUGGAGGGUUACUACCAAGAAUCUGGCAGAGCUGGAAGAGAUGGGGAAAUAUCUCACUGUCUGCUUUUCUAUACUUAUUAUGAUGUGACCAGACUGAAGAGACUUAUACUGAUGGAAAAAGAUGGAAACCGUCAUACAAGAGAGACUCACUUCAAUAAUUUGUAUAGUAUGGUACAUUACUGUGAAAAUAUAGCAGAAUGCAGACGAAUACAGCUUUUAGCUUACUUUGGUGAAAUUGGAUUUAAUCCUGAUUUUUGUAAGAAAUACCCAGAUGUUUCUUGUGAUAAUUGCUGUAACGCAAAGGAUUAUAAGACACGAGAUGUGACUGACGAUGUAAAAAAUAUUGUAAGAUUUGUUCAAGAACAUAGUUCAUCACAAGGAAUGGGAAAUAUAAAACAUGUAGGUCCUUGUGGGAGAUUUACUAUGAAUAUGCUGGUCGACAUUUUCUUGGGGAGUAAGAGUGCAAAAAUUCAGUCUGGGAUAUUUGGAAAGGGGUCUACAUAUUCACGACACAAUGCUGAAAGACUUUUUAAAAAGCUGAUACUUGACAAGAUCUUGGAUGAAGACUUAUUUAUCAAUGCCAAUGACCAACCUAUUGCCUAUGUGAUGCCCGGAAGUAAAGCCCAAGCUUUACUAAAUGGGCAUUUAAAGGUAGACUUUAUGGAAACGGAAAAUUCCAGCCGUAUUAAAAAACAAAAAGCCUUAGUGACGCAGGUAUCUCAGAGGGAAGAGGUGGUUAAGAAAUGUCUAGGAGAACUUACGGAAGUCUGCAAAUCUCUGGGGAAAGUUUUUGGUGUCCAUUACUUCAAUAUCUUUAACACUGUCACUCUCAAGAAGCUUGCAGAAUCUUUAUCUUCUGAUCCUGAGGUUUUGCUUCAAAUUGAUGGUGUUACCGAAGACAAACUGGAAAAAUAUGGUGCAGAAAUGAUUCCAGUAUUACAGAAAUACUCUGAGUGGACAUUACCAGCUGAGGACAGCUCCCCACGGAUGAGCUCAUCCAGCAGCAGAGGCACCGAGAAAAAUGGCUCUGAGGAGUUCAAUGAGGAAACACCCAUAUCUUCUCACUACUUUGCAAAUAAAACCAAAAAUGAAAGAAAGAGGAAAAGGAUGCCGGCCUGCCAAAGGUCUAAAAGGAGAAAAACUGGUUUCAGUGAUUUCAAGACAAAAGCGAGGUCCACUACCUGCAGAAAGAUAUCUCCUAAAAUUAAAUCCUCCACCGUACUUGGGCCAAUAUCAACUGUGCCUGGUUCUCAGGUGACAUCAGGAGCCAGUAGAAAAUUGGGGAUUAUGGCACCACCAAAGCCUGCAAAUAGACCAUUCCUCAGGCCAUCAUAUGCAUUUUCAUAACAACCAAAUCUCAGUGUAC